AUGGCCAAAUUGCUCCUUCUGGUUGUGGGCAUUACAGCCCUGGCAGCAGCCGCACAGGGCGCCACAGCGCCUCAAAUGCAGCGCCUGAUAGCCGAGGAGCAGAGCAAAUGCGCCAGCGGCCAAGACUCCAUGGCGUGCAUUAAAGAGCGCGCCAUGCGCUUCGUGGACAAUGUGUUGAGCCAAGACAGCUUCAAGCUGUCCAAUUUGGAGGUGCGCACAAAUGGCCAGAAGGUGGCUCCGAUCAGCGAGGCACGCGCCAGCACUAGCGACGGCUUCCUGGAUGCCAUUGAGAACUAUAUGAGCGGCCAUGAUGUCAGCCUUAAUCUGCCCUUGGCCGAUGCCAAGAUCACCGUCUCGGCACGCAAUCUGGCCAACGACGAGCUGAGCUUGAAUCUGCAGCUGAAUAAUGACGAUGCUACCGAUAUCGAAGCCAGGGGUAAGAAGGGCAACAUCUUCAAGAAGGGCAAGAAACAUCGUCUACGCAAGCUGGCCAUGCCCAUUCUGGUGCUCAUUCUGCUGAAGGCCAUCACCGUGAUACCCAUGGCAAUUGGCAUACUGAAGAUCAAGGCAUUCAAUGCGCUCGCCCUCGGCUUCUUCUCCUUCAUUGUCUCGGUUGGUUUGGCCAUUUUCCAAUUGUGCAAAAAGAUUGCGCAUGAUCAUCAUCAUACCGCCCACAUCACCGCCCACGGACCGUGGGACGGUCGCAGCUUUGGCGCCGCGCUGCCCGCCUCCGUUGUGGAGCAGCCCCAGCAGCUGGCCCAGGAGCUGGCCUACCAGGCCCAUGUCUAA